GCCCGUGGCGGCCAUCUUUACUUCGGGCAGAGAGCGCGCUCCUUCGCGACAGCGGCCCUCGACGGCCAUGUUAGGUUGGGGCAGGGCCUUCCUUCUCAGUGCUCCGUUUCCACUGCGCCGCUUCCGCCGAGGGCAGCGCGUGCGACGCGCUCCGAGGAAAGGCGCCGUAGUAGGGAGAGUUUGCAGGAGUUAAGACAGUCGUUCACGGAGCUCCUGCUGGCCCGUUGCCAGAUCUCCCGGUGGCGAACUCCAGCGUGGUUUUGGAACUUACACAUCGCGUUUUUUUCAAAUGCCCGAAGUGGCAGGCUAGUGGGCAUCUCUCACCUGUGGUCCCGUGAAGGGGCAGGACGAUCGAGUCCCCCAUGGCUGGGAAGAGGUUCUCGGGCAGGCAGUCCCUGCUGCUGGGGCUGCUCAUUGCUGUGGGCACUGUCCACCUCAUCGCCUGUCCCUACACCAAGGUAGAGGAGAGCUUCAACCUGCAGGCAGUGCACGACCUGCUCUAUCACCGGCUGGACCUGGGGCAGUACGACCACCAUGAGUUCCCCGGCGUCGUGCCCAGGACGUUCCUCGGGCCGCUGCUGCUUGCAGCGCUCUCCAGCCCUGUGGUGUCUGCGCUGUCGCUGCUGGAGGUGUCCAAGUUUUAUUCUCAGCUGACAGUCAGAGGGAUCCUCGGACUCAGCGUGAUCUGUGGGCUGUGGACACUACAGAAAGAAGUGCGGCGGCAAUUUGGGGCCACGGUAGCCUCCCUGUUCUGCUGGGUGACUGCCACGCAGUUCCACCUGCUGUUCUACUGCUCACGCACACUCCCCAACGUGCUGGCCCUCGCCGUGGUCCUCCCGGCGCUCGCUGCCUGGCUGCAGUGCAGGUGGGUGCGCUUCGUCUGGCUCUCGGCCUUCGUGACUGUCGUCUUCAGGGCCGAGCUGGGCCUGUUCCUGGGGCUCCUGCUGCUGCACGCGUGGCUCGCCGGGAAGGUGACUGUGCGCGGGGUACUCGCUCACGCCAUCCCUGCCGGUGUGCUCUGCCUGGGACUGACGGUCGCUGUGGACUCCUACUUCUGGCAGUACCCUGUGUGGCCGGAAGGAGAGGUGCUUUGGUACAACACAGUUCUGAACAAGAGCUCCAACUGGGGUACCUCCCCGCUGCUGUGGUACUUCUACUCGGCCCUGCCCCGUGGCCUAGGGUGCAGCCUGCUAUUCGUGCCCCUGGGUGCCGUGGACAGGCGGUGCCGUGCACUGACUCUGCCGUCCCUGGGCUUCGUGGCACUGUACUCUCUGCUCCCACACAAGGAACUGCGCUUCGUCAUCUACGCCUUCCCGGCCCUGAACGUGGUGGCCGCCAGGGGCUGCUCCCACCUGCUGAACAACUCUCAGAAGUCUUGGCUAUAUAAGACGGGGUCUCUGCUCGUGCUCGCCCACCUCGUGCUCAACGCCGCACUCACAGCCACGUCCCUCUACGUCUCCCAUUUCAACUACCCCGGCGGCGUCGCCAUGCAGAGGCUGCAUGAGCUGGUGCCCGCCCGGACAGGUGUACGUCUGCACAUCGACGCGGCUGCUGCCCAGACAGGUGUGUCUCGCUUUUUGCAAGUCAACGACGCUUGGAGGUAUGACAAGCGGGAAGACCUACAGCCCGGGGAGCCGGGCAUGCUGGCCUACACGCACCUGCUCAUGGCGGCAGCCCCUGGGCCCCAGGCCCUUUACAGGGAUACACACCGGGUCCUGGCCAGCAUCGUGGGCACCACAGGUGUGAGUUUGAACCUGACCAAGCUGCCUCCCUUUGACGUCCACCUGCAGACAAAGCUGGUGCUGCUGGAGAGGCUUGCCAGGCCAUCCUAAGGGACUGCAGGGCCAGGCUCUGGCCCUGCUCAGACCACAUGGAGACAGACCAGAGACCUACACGCCUCCACCCAGGACCAUCCCUGAGAUUCACAGCUUGGGAGGAUGAGGGCCCAGGGCCCGAUGGUGUCUGUGACCAGUG